AUGACAAUCAAGCAGACAGAAGGUAGUUAUAUGCCAAUGACAAUCAAGCAUCUAGAAGGUAGUUAUAAGCCAAUGACAAUCAAGCAGACAGAAGGUAGUUAUAUGCCAAUGACAAUCAAGCAUCUAGACGGUAGUUAUAAGCCAAUGACAAUCAAGCAUCUAGAAGGUAGUUAUAAGCCAAUGACAAUCAAGCAGACAGAAGGUAGUUAUAAGCCAAUGACAAUCAAGCAUCUAGACGGUAGUUAUAAGCCAAUGACAAUCAAGCAUACAGAAGGUAGUUAUAAGCCAAUGACAAUCAAGCAUACAGAAGGUAGUUAUAAGCCAAUGACAAUCAAGCAUACAGAAGGUAGUUAUAAGCCAAUGACAAUCAAGCAGACAGAAGGUAGUUAUAAACCAACGACAAUCAAGCAGACAGAAGGUAGUUAUAAGCCUAUGACAAUCCAGCAGACAGAAGGUAGUUAUAAGCCAAUGACAAUCAAGCAGACAGAAGGUAGUUAUAUGCCAAUGACAAUCAAGCAUCUAAAAGGUAGUUAUAAGCCAAUGACAAUCAAGCAGACAGAAGGUAGUUAUAAACCAACGACAAUCAAGCAGACAGAAGGUAGUUAUAAGCCUAUGACAAUCAAGCAGACAGAAGGUAGUUAUAAACCAACGACAAUCAAGCAGACAGAAGGUAGUUAUAAGCCAAUGACAAUCCAGCAUCUAGAAGGUAGUUAUAAGCCAAUGACAAUCCAGUGGACCUGA